AUGUCGGACCGGACCGCCCCGGGGUGCCGGCUCAGACUGGACUGGGUCUACGGGUACCGGGGCCACCAGUGCCGGAAUAACCUGUACUACACGGCGGGAAAGGAGCUGGUGUACUUCGUGGCCGGGGUCGGAGUGGUUUACAACACCAGGGACCACACCCAGAGGUUUUACCUGGGACACAACGACGACAUCAUCAGUCUGGCGCUGCACCCGGAGCGCCUCCUGGUGGCCACGGGUCAGGUGGGCAAGGAGCCCUACGUGUGUGUGUGGGACUCGUUCAGCGUGCAGACGGUGUCGCUGCUGCGGGACGGACACACACACGGCAUCGCCUGCCUCACCUUCAGCUCCGACGGACAGCGGUUAGCCUCGGUCGGCCUCGAUGCCAAGAACACAGUGUGUAUCUGGGAGUGGAAGAGAGGGAAGAUCUUGGCGACGGCCACCGGACACUCAGACAGGAUCUUCGACAUCUGCUGGGAUCCGUUUCAGCAAAACCGCCUGGUGAGCUGUGGAGUCAAACACAUCAAGUUCUGGGCUCUGUGUGGGAACGCUCUCACUCCAAAGAGGGGGAUAUUCGGGAAGACGGGCGACCUGCAGACGAUCCUGUGCGUGGCGUCGGCUAAAGAUGACAUCACGUACUCGGGGGCGCUGAACGGCGACAUCUACGUGUGGAAGGGCCUCAACCUGAUCCGCACGGUGCAGGCGGCGCACGGGGCUGGGAUCUUCAGCAUGUACUCCUGUGAGGAGGGCUUCGCCACAGGAGGCAGAGACGGCUGCAUCAGGCUGUGGGACGUCGACUUCAAGCCCAUCACCAAGAUCGACCUGCGGGAGGCCGAGCAGGGCUACAAAGGUUUGUCUAUUCGUAGUGUUUGCUGGCGAGCCGACCGGAUCUUGGCGGGAACCCAGGACAGCGAGAUCUUCGAGGUGAUGGUGCGGGACCGGGACAAGCCUCUGCUCAUCAUGCAGGGCCACAGCGAGGGCGAGCUCUGGGCGCUGGACGUUCACCCCAAAAAACCUCUGGCCGUCACCGGCAGCGACGACCGCUCCGUCAGGCUGUGGAGCCUGGCCGACCACGCGCUCAUCGCUCGCUGUAACAUGGAGGAGGCGGUGCGCAGCGUGGCGUUCAGCGUGGACGGCUCCCAGCUCGCUCUCGGCAUGAAGGACGGAUCCUUCACCGUCCUGAGAGUCAGGGACAUGACGGAGGUCGUCCACAUCAAAGACAGGAAGGAGGUGAUCCAUGAGAUGAAGUUCUCUCCGGACGGGGCGUACCUCGCCGUCGGCUCCAACGACGGCCUGGUGGACGUCUACGCCGUCGCCCAGAGAUACAAGAAGGUUGGGGAGUGCAGUAAGUCCUCCAGCUUCAUCACCCACCUGGACUGGUCUCUGGACAGCAAAGUCCUGCAGACCAACGACGGAGCUGGAGAUCGCCUCUUCUACCGCAUGCCCAUGGGGAAGCCGGUGCUCAGUAAGGAGGAGGUCAAAGGUCAGCGCUGGGCGUCGUGGAGCGGGGUGCUGGGGUCAGAGGUCAGCGGCAUCUGGCCCAAAUACUCGGAGCUCAGCGAGGUCAACGCCGUCGCCGCCAACCACGCCGCCGCCGUGCUCGUUACCGGGGACGACCAGGGCCUCGUCAAGCUCUACCGCUUCCCCUGCCUCAGGAAGGGCUCCAAGUUUAAGAAGUACAUUGGCCACUCGGCCCAUGUGACCAACGUCCGCUGGUCACAUGACCUGCAGUGGGUGCUGACCACGGGCGGGGCCGACCACGCCCUCUUCCAGUGGCGCUUCCUGCCGGAGGGCGUCGUGAACGGGGGCCUGGAGGCCAACGUGCAGGGAGCGCAGGACAGUCAUGGCGACUCGGACAGCGAGGAGUCGGACAGCGACGUGUCGGACGUCCCGGAGCUCGACUCCGACAUCGAACAGGAAACACAGAUCAACUAUGAGAGACAGGUGUAUAAAGAGGACCUGCCCCAGUUGCGGCAGCAGAGCAGAGAGAAGAAGCAGCAGGUCGGAUCCCUGAAGAGACAGAGAGGACCAGACCAGGGCCUCCGCCUGCAGUUUGUCCACGGUUACCGUGGCUACGACUGCAGGAACAACCUGUUCUACAGUCCGGGGGGGGAGGUCCUGUUCCACGUGUCGGCGGUCGGCGUCGUUUACAACCGGCAGCUGCACAGCCAGCGCUUCUACCUCGGCCACGACGACGACAUCCUCUGCCUCAGCACACACCCGCACAAAGACUACGCUGCUACGGGACAGGUGGGGAGGGACCCUGCCAUCCAUGUGUGGGACGUCCAGACUCUGAAGUGUCUGUCGCUGCUAAAAGGAUUCCACCAGAGAGGAGUGUGUGCACUGGACUUCUCAGCGGACGGGAAAAGUCUGGUGUCGGUGGGAAUCGAUGACAGUCACUCCAUCAUCGUCUGGGACUGGAAGAGAGGAGAGAAGCUCGCUACCGCCAGAGGUCAUAAGGAGAAGAUCUUCGUGGUCAGGUGUAAUCCCAUGCUGAAUGACAAACUGGUCACUGUGGGAAUCAAACACAUCAAGUUCUGGCAGCAUGCAGGCGGCGGUCUGACGUUCAGGCGCGGCGUUUUCGGGAACCUGGGCCGGCCCGAGACGAUGAUGUCGGUGUGUUACGGCCGCAGCGAGGCGCUCGUGUUCUCGGGCGCCGCCACCGGAGACGUUUACAUCUGGAAGGAGCCGCUGCUGCUGAAGACGGUGAAGGCUCACGACGGGCCGGUGUUCGCCAUGUUCUCCCUGGACAAGGGGUUUGUGACGGGUGGUAAAGACGGCGUGGUGGAGCUUUGGGACGACAUGUUCGACCGUUGCCUGAAGACCUACGCCAUCAAGAGAGCCGCUCUGUCUCCUGGGUCCAAAGGCCUGCUGCUGGAGGACAACCCGUCCAUCAGAGCGAUCACUCUCGGUCACGGCCGCAUCCUGGUGGGAACCAAGAACGGAGAAGUUCUGGAGAUCGACAAGACGGGACCGAUGACGCUGCUGGUGCAGGGUCACAUGGAGGGUGAGGUGUGGGGGCUGGCUCCUCACCCCCUCCUCCCCCUGUGUGCCACCGUCAGCGACGACAAAACGCUGCGACUCUGGGAGAUUUCGGCCAAUCACCGCAUGGUGGCGGUCCGCAAGCUGAAGAGAGGCGGCCGCUGCGUGGCCUUCUCUCCGGACGGGAAGGCGCUGGCCGUGGGUCUGAGCGACGGCGGCGUGCUGGUGGUGAACGCCGACACGCUGGAGGAUCUGCUGAGCUUCCAGCACCGCCGGGACGCCAUCUCUGACGUCAGGUUCAGCCCCGACACAGGGAAGUACCUGGCGGUGGCGUCCCAUGAUAACUUUGUGGACAUCUACAACGUCCUGACCAGCAAGAGAGUGGGAAUCUGCAGAGGAGCCUCCAGCUACAUCACACACAUCGACUGGGACGCCCGAGGUAAACUGCUGCAGGUGAACACAGGAGCCAAAGAGCAGCUUUUCUUCGAGGCUCCAAGAGGAAAGAGACAAACCAUCAGAAACUCUGAGCUGGAGCGGCUGGACUGGGCCACCUGGACGUGUGUUUUGGGUUCGAGCUGUGAGGGAAUCUGGCCGACGCACAGCGACAUCACCGACGUGAACGCCGCCUCGCUGACCCGGGACAGAACGCUGCUCGCCACCGGGGACGACUUCGGCUUCCUCAAACUGUUCAGCUACCCCGUCCGAGGCCAGUACGCCCGUUUCAAGCGCUACGUCGGCCACAGCGCCCAUGUGACCAACGUGCGCUGGGCGCAGGACGACGCCGCCCUGCUGACGGUGGGCGGAGCCGACACGGCGCUCAUGAUCUGGGCCAGGGAGCGGGGGGGCGGCGAGGGGGAGGGGCCUCUGUACCGGGACAACCACCCGCCCGUCGACAGCGAGGAGUCAGACGACGACAUCGAAGAGGACGGAGGCUACGACAGUGACGUCGCCCGGGAGAAGACGGUGGAUUACACCACCAAGAUGUUGGCUGUGAGCAUCAGAGAGAUGAGAGGCACCAAACCUCACCAGCAGCUGAAGGAGCUGUCAGCUGAGGAGAGGCAGGGCAUUGUCAAGGGAUCCAGGCCUCCAGUGAGUCGAGCAGCUCCUCAGCCAGAGAAACUGCAGAAGAACAACGUGACCAAGAAGAAGAAGCUUGUGGAGGACCUGGUGUUGGACCACGUGUUUGGUUUCCGGGGUUUUGACUGUCGUAACAACCUGCACUACCUCAACGACGGCACCGAGAUCGUCUACCACACCGCCGCCACUGCCAUCGUGCACAGCCUGAGCACCGGAACUCAGAGUUUCUACCUGGAGCACACGGACGACAUCCUCUGUCUGACAGUCAACCAGCACCCAAAAUACAAGAACAUCAUCGCCACCGGGCAGAUCGGUGAUGUCACUGAGCUGCCAGGCUCCACCCCCUCCAUCCACGUGUGGGAUGCGAUGAGCAAGCAGACUCUGUCCAUCCUCCGCUGUCCUCACACCAAAGGAGUCGGCUACGUCAACUUCAGCGCCACGGGGAAGCUGCUGCUGUCUGUCGGAGUCGAACCUGAACACACCAUCACCGUGUGGCGCUGGCAGGAAGGCUGCAGGGUGAGCAGUAAGGGCGGGCACCCGGACCGGAUCUUCGUGGUGGAGUUCCGGCCGGACUCGGACUCCCAGUUCGUGUCGGUGGGAAUCAAACACAUCAAGUUCUGGACGCUGGCCGGCGGCUCGCUCAUGUACAAGAAGGGAGUGGUGGGCACGGUGGAGGACGGGCGCAUGCAGACCAUGCUGUCGGUGGCGUUCGGCGCCAAUAACCUGACCUUCACCGGGGCCAUAAACGGGGACGUGUACGUGUGGCGGGACCACUACCUGCUCCGGGUGGUGGCCAAGGCUCACACGGGCCCCGUGUUCACCAUGUACACCACGCUGCGGGACGGGCUCAUCGUCACCGGGGGCAAGGAGAGGCCGACUAAAGAGGGCGGGGCAGUGAAGCUGUGGGAUCAGGAGAUGAAGCGCUGUCGAGCUUUCCAGCUGGAGACGGGCCAGCAGGUGGAGUGUGUCCGCUCCGUCUGCAGAGGCAAGGGGAAGAUCCUGGUGGGGACGAAGGACGGUGAGAUCAUCGAGGUCGGGGAGAAGAACGCGGCGUCCAACCUGCUGAUGGACAGUCACAUGAGGGGCGGCAUCUGGGGCCUGGCCGCCCACCCCACCAAGGACAUGUUCAUCUCAGCCAGCGACGACGCCACCAUCCGCAUCUGGGACCUCGCCGACAAGAAACUGCUGAACAAAGUGUGUGUGGGUCACGCGGCGAAGUGUGUGAGCUACAGCGUGGACGGAGAGAUGCUGGCGGUGGGGAUGAAGAACGGGGAGUUCCUCCUCCUCCUCACCAACUCGCUCAAGAUGUGGGCGAAGAAACGAGACCGCAGCGCCGCCAUCCAGGACAUCCGCUUCAGUCCGGACCGCCGGGUGCUGGCGGUGGGCUCGGCGGUGAGCACAGUGGAUCUGUACGACGUGGGCGGCGGCCCGGCGCUCAGCCGCCUCUCGUACUGCAGCCACAUCCCCGCCUUCGUCCUGCACAUGGACUUCUCUGCUGACAGCUGCUUCCUGCAGGUGUCUACAGGAGCCUAUAAGCGUCAGGUGCAUGAGGUUCCUUCAGGGAAGCUGGUGAGCGACCAGAUCGUCAUCGAUAGAAUCACCUGGGCCACCUGGACCAGCGUCCUGGGAGACGAGGUUUUGGGGAUUUGGCCCCGAAACGCCGACAAGGCCGACGUGAACUGUGCCUGCGUGUCGCACGCCGGCCUCAACGUCGUCACCGGCGACGACUUCGGAUUGGUCAAGCUGUUCGACUUCCCCUGCACAGACAAGUUUGCCAAACACAAGCGUUACUUCGGCCACUCGGCUCACGUCACCAACAUCCGCUUCUCCUGCGAUGAUAAAUACGUGAUCAGCACAGGAGGAGACGACUGCAGUGUCUUUGUGUGGAAAUGUGUGUAA